GUUUGAUUGGAAAUUGCAGUGCCUUAAGUCAGAGCUGUGGGGUAUCUGUCAAAGGAGGGAGAGAAACUUGUCAAUGCUCUCUGUGGAAGGCAAAUAAAUAAGGGACAACCCAAACUUUUCUUUUUCUUGGAGAACUUUUUUACCCCCCCUGAGUGCUUCUUUAUCUCGUGGAAAAUGGGCUCGCGACGGACGACAGCACGCUCUUCUUUUGGCAGUGGAAGAUCCAGCAGUGGGGAGGAAACGAGAGGGAAUAGCCGUCCUAAUGGCUGCAGCUACAUCUCUAACGUGAGGCCGGAGAACAGGAGCACGCUCUGCAGUAUGAUGGCACAGCUAACUGAGGAAACACAGCCCUCCUUUGAAUUAACCCUAAAGUCGAAAGCUGUGUCGGAGAAUAGCAAUGUGAAGUUCUCUUGUGUGGUUACAGGAAACCCUACUCCUCAAAUAACUUGGUACAAGGAUGAUGUGCAGUUAGACAGAUACUGUGGACUGCCUAAAUAUGAAAUAUUCCGCAAUGGAAAAAACUAUUCUUUGCACAUUUACAAUUGCACUGUGGAGGAUGCAGCUAUAUACCAGACCUCAGCCAGCAACACCAAAGGUAUUGUGUCCUGCUCGGGGGUUCUGGAGGUGGGCGAAAUGAACGAGUACAAGAUCCACCAGCGCUACUUUGCCAAGGUCAAGCAAAAGGCUGACAUCAAAAGCAAGGAAACAGAAGGUAAAGAAAACCAGGAGCCGCUUCGAACCAUCAGUCCAGAUCGUACACUGAGGAAGCGCCGCUCCACAAUGGAAGCCUUUCUCAGCACGCCAAGUUCCAUGGAGGAAGAGGGCAAUGAGGAGAGCAAACAGGCUAUAACGGAACAGACUGAGGCCAGGUUACAGGAGGCAACGGUGAAGGAGAUGGAGGAAAAAUCAGUCCCCAUCACUAAUGGAACAGUUUCUGCUGCAACUAAAGGACAGACCAUCAGUGAAAACGGUAACAAGAGUGGGAGUUUUACUGCACAGCAACCAAAAAUUCCCUUUGUCAGGAAGAAGAUUAAAAUUUCCAACACUGAACCAGAAGAGCAGGCACCUGAGGAGAGAACCACAAAACAGGAGAACAUAUCCCCUGUAGUUCUGGCCUGCACAGAGUCCGUGCAGUUUAAGGGGAAUUCAGACGAGUUAAUGGAAGUAGAAAACAUUGUUAGUCCAUCAGUUGUGGAUUCAGUCCCUAGAAAGAUGACACAGAGACAUCAGAAAUCAGAGGAAGUAUUGCUUGCUGAAAGGCCUUCAAAGAAUGAAAGUGUACAUGUUGAGGUAGCUGUGCCUUCAAAGAAGGAACAGCUGUGUCUUCAAAAGAAGGAACAGCUUACUGCCUCUGUACCUCCAGCUGCUCCUACUUCUACAAGUCACAAUAUGUCAGAAACUAAAGGGAAAAAAGAUGCAAAGCUUGAGAAGGAAGCUGGACGCAAAAAUCCAGAAAAAAUAUUAGAAAUGCAAAAGCAAAUUCCUCCCAUCGACUCAAAACAGAGACAGUCAAGUCCUAAAGCACCUCCCCGUAAACAUCGAAACGUAUUGAAGGGGAAUAUGUCUAAAAUAGAUAAUCAAUCAGUCAUGGAUGUUGACAAGAAGUCAAACACUUCCAGUGCUGGAUCUUUAGCACACAAAGAGGUUGAGGCCAUAAACGCACUGUGUGAAAGCACGUCUGCUUCACCUCAGCGCCCAUGUGAGCAGGCUGGAGAUAAGCUGUCUCCGAAGGAAACAGGCCCCUGCCAGAAAAAUAUGUCUGUGCCUCAGCCAGCACAGCUGAAUGAGGUUAAACAGGUCCAUACAAAGAGAAACAGGAAUGAUGCACCUGUCAUCUUUGAGCUUCCACAAAACAGGAUGGACGUGCCUCAACCACAAAAGACUCCAUCAGAAAGAAAGACCACGACAGAUGACAUCCAGACCCCUUCAAUGCACUGUGGUGUUCAAGCAGCAAUUGGCAAAAUGACACAGGACACAUGGGAUCAUUCCAGGGGAUCAAAUGAAAGCCAUACAGUCCUUUUUACAGACGGACAGAAGUCACCCUUCCAAAGCCCCGGAGGUGGUGAGAACACCCCAGGGUGUAACGUUUCUUCCAGCGUCGAGCAAAGCCAAGCUGAUACAGCCAUAAAAACAGUUGAAGGGACAGAAAUACAAGUUGAUGAGAAGGUAAAACUUAACGAGGCAGGUAAGUUAUUGGCGCAGUCUGACAGCAUGCCACCAAACGAGAAGAUAGAGGAGAUGGAGACUGAAAGUCCUAGUCCGCAUAUCACUGAACACACUGGAACAGAAAAGCCCAAAGGUUCAGCAGAUGAAGACUCUGAUGUCACUGUUGGGGAUGCAUCUAAUAAAGAAACAGAGAAGAAUGAGCAUAUAUUAAAAAUGGCGGAGGAAACUAGUUCAGCAUUACAGAAUCUGAAGUCAUUUAUAAUUGAGCCUGCGAUCCUACUCCUUACAAAAACUCCAGAAAAGGUAAAUAUAUCAGAACUCCAAUCGAAAGAUUUACAGGAAAUUCAAAAACCUGUAACAAAAAUCAUAUCUGUAGCUGAACUUCUGCGAUCACAAUUAAGAGCUCUUGAUGCCACAUUAGCAAAUUCAGUGACCACUAUACCAGUCAAUGCUAGCGUUUUAAAAGAUCCAGCUACAGCUGUGACUGAAACAUGUGAGGAUAUAAAAGAGAACAACAGGAAACAGGAAGUAGAGAAGUCAAUGCCUGACAGGAAAAGUGAGACACAUGAUGAUAAACCUCCCAGAACCAUAAAGGAAACUCUCAUGGAGAUUUAUAAUCUACUAAAUGAAUCUGAUCAGGAAGUAAAUCAAGGUGCUCUUUCACCGCCUCUUCAGGCUUUACAAAAACCUCCUGCAACCCCACUUAUCUCUGCUGUAGACACUGGCAUCACUAAAGAGACUUCAGGUCUUCAUGGUAUUGAUACAAAAUGUAAUGAAGGUGUUAUGGACAUUUGCCAGGAACCUGCAGCUUUGACUCUGGUUCCUCUGAAAGAAAGCCCUGUUGUUUCUGUUUGUGGUAGUGAAAAUGACAAACACGAUUUUCCUCUCUCGACAUCUAAUGAUGAACUGACCAAAAGACUUGCACCCAGAAUUGGGAGUCCAGAAACUGGGACUCCACUUGCAGUGACACCUACAAAGGCAAGUAGUGAAGAGUCGAUAACAGUUUUGGAGAAUGCCAAAGAUAAACCUGUUGACAGCAAAGACAUGGGAGUUAUACCGACGUUAACACCAGAAUCUAAAUCCAACAGCCAAACCAAAAACAUGAUUACUGAAUCAAAUUUGAUAGCAAAAAUAGAAGAACCCAACACAACAAACUGUUCUUUGCAGAGAGUAGAAAAAGUUCCUAAUAAAAGUGUACUUGGCACAGAUACACAAGAGAAUAAUAUUCACAUUAAUCAGCAGGAUAAAUCUAUGGUUGAAGCAGUUCGGAGGACUGACUCCUUGGGCAGUUUAACUCCUCAGGCUAGUCCAUUAUUAAAGAGAAGAGACUGUGUUUCUCCCAUUCCUUCUGCAACUCCUCAAGAGCUCGCCUCCGGAGCCAGACGAAAAAUCCUCAUGCCCAAGACUAAAUCUGAGGAGGCCUCAGAGGCCACAGCACCAGUUGAUAUCCAAACUCAGAAGAAGGAAGGUCCUGCUGAGAGCAACAGGCUUUCUGUAAGUCCUGUGACUCUCUCUACGUCUCCAAGCAUGUCACGGCGGUCACCUCUGCUUCGGCUACCUGGUGAGCAGACGCCUCCAGCAGAGAGACGAUCUCCGCUCGUGAGCAGGAGGAAGAUGGUAUCUGAGACGCCAGCACCAAGUCAGCCACCUACUGAGGAGAUCCACACCCAGAAAACUGAUGGGAAACCUGCAGAGAAGGAUAAGCAUGACCCAUUCAAAGCUCCUCAAGUUAUUCGCAAGAUCAGGGGUGAAAGCUUCGCAGACGCCUCGGGACACUUGAAACUGUGGUGCCAGUUCUUCAACAUACUUGGUGACUCUACAAUCAAAUGGUACAAAAAUGAGGAGGGGAUUGCUCAGAUCAAAAGAAAUGCAGGGGAUGAAACCCAGGUCAAUCUUGCCAUUGUACAGGCAUCAUGCAUAGACUCUGGUGUUUACGGUUGCACAAUCACAAAUGAGUAUGGGACCGACACAACAGACUUUCUGCUUAGUGCUGACGUCCUGGCUGGAAUGUCCCUACGUGAGGACCUUGGUGUUGGUGAAGAAAUUGAAAUGACGCCCAUGAUAUUCAGCAAGGGUGUGGCUGAUUCUGGCUCCUGGGGUAACAAAUUCUUUGGCCGUAUAAUGAUGCAGGAAUCUCGUAUUGGUAAAGGCUGUUCUCAUAAAGUCUGGAGGGCAAAAGUCAUCUAUGGUCUGGAGCCUGUGUUCGAGUCUGGGAACACAUGUAUCAUUAAAGGGCUCAACCCUAUCGCCUAUGGAGGGAAAGCAGAAAGCUGCCUUAUCGACAGGAACCUGGACAUCGUCAAGCAGGAGUGUAAAAUUCAGAACCUUGCUCGUGAAUAUUGCAAAAUCUUCUCGGCAGAGGCAAGAGUGAUAGAAAACUUUGGCCCAUUACUUGAGGUGCUCCCAGUCUACCUGAUGUACCGACCAGCAAACACAGUCCCUUAUGCCAAAGUGGAGGCUGACCUGACAGGAGUAUACCAGAAAUACUCUGUCCUGGAUGAUGCAGGCAGAUUAGACACAAAGUCUGGCUCUGAGGCGGGGCAGAAGUGCUGUGCCCUGCAGCACUGGAUCUUUCAAUGGACCAGCGGCCAUCUGCUAAUCUCUCGGAUUGAAGGUGUUGACACCAAGAUCACCAACGUUGGAAUUUCAAUCAAAUCAACAGGGCAUCAUGGUCUGUCUGUCGAAGGGAAUCCCAAAGUUUUUGAGCAGUUUGUCUCCCAGCACCAGUGUAACUAUUUCUGUGGUCUGCUGAGCCUGAGGUCACUAAAGAUCAUGGACUCUUUAUUGACGCCAACCAAGCCCAAAGGCUCCAAGAGUCCGUUACUUCAACGCAAACUGGCCGGUGGCUCCAACAGCCCUCAGACAGGCCGGAAAGCUGCUGGCAGCCCCAGACUGCCCCGGAAGACUGAGCAAGAUGGAAGGAAUACCCCAACUAAACAAAAAGCUGCUGAUCCGCCCAAAGCUGUUAAGGUGGAAGAGUAAUUAUCUCUCAAUUAAACAGAAUGAGUCACACAUUUUCUCAUUGAUCACUUGACAUCUUUUUUCUCCGCGAUGAAGUACUGACAAACGUGAUUGAAUCCAGCCCAGGACGAACAUAGAGACAGACAAAAGGCUGUAAUGGAAAUGGAGGAUGCAAACCACAUCUUAUUUUUUUACCGUCACGCACAUGUACACCGCACAUAGAGUGAUGUUUUGUCUAUGCAUUUACCCGAUUGAAGAAGUACAAGGAGCAGUAGGUACCUUCUACUACACCGCCCGGGGAUCCAUGUGGGCUGCCGAUGUCUUGCUCAAGAGCACCUCGACAGUGCCCUGGAGAUGAACUGGGAUCUCUUGAAGUACCAUCCACACUCCCCAGUCGGUCCUUUGCAGGACUUGAACUGGCGACCCUCCGGUUUCAGAAGCCAAGUCCCUACCAACUGAGUUAAUGCCGCCCACACCGCCAAAGAGAAAAACGUCAGAUACCAGGAAAAGAUUAAUGACUUAAAUAUUUAAUUUUACCAGCCACCAUUCCUGGCCAUUAUCACUUAGUGUGGAUUGAUGCCCUCACAAGUUGUGGUGUUUAUUUAUUGUAUCCUUCAGCCAAUCCUAGGGUUGAAACUCAAUCUACAGUGCAGCAGCAAGUAGUAGCUUUCCUGGGUUUUGUAUUCAUCAAUCCAUGUACCAUUGUAGGUCACAGAUUGUGAAUCCCAGUCUCAGGUCACUGUAUUUGUACUAAAUGGAUGUGCAAGAAAAACAUUUUGAAGUGGCAUUACAUGUGUAUUUUUUUAAAAUGUUCAAGCACAAUCACUUUUGUAGUCACCUUUGUGAGACUGUAGGGCAGUUAUUAUGUCAUCUUAAGUAACUAUAGAACAGAUACAGAGCAAGCAAAAUGUAGCUUUACCUGACACUGUUGUACAGUGGCAAAUGGUGCUGUGGUUUUAUAUUGUAACCUGUCCUGUUUACUUGCUGUUCUACAUUGCACUGCUUUUUCAGAAACUGCACUUUUGAAUGCAACAGGCUGUUAAAUAAAAUAAAAGAAAUGAAAAAA